CCUGCAGCUAUAAUUAUGGCCCUCAUCUCCGUGGUGUCCUCGGUCUGUCACUACCUAUCUACCUUAGCUACCAAACCAGGACACUGGGAUAAAACUACUGAAUCGACGACUAUAUUUCCUCUACUGGAGACUUUCUUCCUCAUUAUGGAUCUAAAGGAUUUUUGCCUAAAUGAGAAUUUCCACUUCCUCAGCCAGCACAACCUACCCCACGACACCGACGACGCUCCUUCUCCGGAUGAUACAUGUAUCAAGACGGAUCCCCCCAGCCCGACCUUCGCCCUAGACACCAACACGCCCUUCAGUCCCAGCUCAGAUAGCAGUGGAUACAGCGUAUUCUCACAAGGUCACUCACUAGACCCGGAAUCCCCGAGUUCGGUGAGCAGCGGCAGCGGUGUCAGCGCGGCACCGGACUCUAGCAGUGCAUCUCACUUUCGCUCGGAGCGCAGUUUGACGCACUCAGCGCACAUUGACUCCAUCCUAAAAUGUGACUACCUGUCGUCGCUGGGUUCUGGACUGAAAAGGCUGUGCCUAGUUUGUGGCGACUUUGCGUCAGGUUACCACUACGGAGUAGCUUCAUGUGAGGCAUGCAAGGCUUUCUUCAAGAGGACAAUUCAAGGUAACAUCGAGUACAGCUGCCCCGUGGUGAAUGAGUGCGAGAUCACCAAGCGUCGCAGGAAGUCAUGCCAGGCGUGUCGCUUCCAGAAGUGCCUGCGUGCCGGCAUGAUGAAGGAAGGAGUUCGCAUGGACCGAGUGCGAGGAGGCCGUCAGAAGUACAAGAGGAAGGCGGACUCUGGCCUGACCCUUUACAUGAAAGCCCCAUAUGCACAACCCUUAAAGUCCAAUGGAAACAAAGUGAUAUCCCAGCUCCUCUUGACAGAGCCAGCCCCCCUGUGUGCUACUCCUGACAACUCAACCAAUGACAAUGACCGAAAAGCCCUGCUCACCCUUUGUGACCUACUAAAUCGGGAACUCCUGGUCAUGAUUGGCUGGGCCAAGCACAUCCCAGGCUUCUCCACUCUUUCAUUGGUGGACCAGAUGGCUCUGCUGCAGAGCGGUUGGAUGGAGACUCUGGUCCUGUCUGUGGUCUCUAGAUCUCUGGGCUACAGUCAGGAGCUGGUGUUUGCUGAAAACCUGCUUCUGGAUCAGUCCCAGUGCCGUGCGGCUGGACUCUCUGACCUCUACACUGCCCUGAGACAACUGACCACCAAGUACCAGCAGAUAAAUCCCAGCCAAGAGGAGGUGGUCACUCUUAAGGCGAUGGCCCUCGCCAACUCAGACGCAGAGAACCUGGAGAGCACGGAGGCGGUGCAGCGUUUCCAGGACGGGCUUCACGAGGCCCUGCAGGAGUACGAGAGCUCCCAGUACCCGGCGGAGCUCCACCGGGCAGGGAAGCUGCUGAUGACCCUCCCCCUGCUGCGGCAGACCGCCAAUCGGGCCGUGGACACCUUCUGUCGUCUCCACCUGGAGGGCCGCGUGCCAAUGCAGAAACUUUUCCUUGAGAUGCUGGAUGCCAAAAUAUGAGUGUUACACCUCCCGAUGGCUCCCAGGGAGUGUGCCAGGGCGUGUAGGGGGACGUAGGGCCCCGGGGGGGGGGUUGGGUCAGAGGUUCAGGGGACCGGGUUGGUCACUUUACACCGUGGAACCACACUGAUGAGAGCUGCGUAGAACUGUUGAGUGAAAGCACUUGUUUCUCAUUAGGUUUAAAGUCACAUCUUGUAGAUUAAUAUAUUUUUAUACUUUUUAAGGAGCGUGUGUAAAAAAAAUUAACAAAUAUUCUGUCACAGGGAUUUUUCCAGCCAUUUUAUUUAAUUGAUGUAAACGGAUGUGACUUGUGAAACGUAGCACAUACAGUAGAACAAUGUCUGUUGACCAAGUAGCUGCCCUUUAGUGCAAAGCUGUGUAAGACCGGCUGCAUUUCCAUUAGGACUGCUGUAAUUACAAACAGCCACCAAUCAAUCUGAAUCAACUGCCUUAUACUGUACAAAUACUUGUAUUUAUGUAUUUAUUACGACUGUUGCACAAAGACAAAAUGCUUUCAUACUAGUUUGUAUGCAUGUGAUUAAAAGUCAUUAUUCAACAUGUUUAGUGGGAUUUAACGAAGUGCAAAUGUGUUUAAAGACAAAUAAUAUAGUCAUAAAAACUAGAAAUGAGAUUCACCAAUACUGUAUACAAAAUGCACAAACAGCAGGGAGGGAAAAAUGGCCCAUGUUACAUGUUACCAGGUCUUGCCAGUGGAACCAGUGAACUAAACAUAGAAAUGGAAGCACAUGAUAGUAUUGAGAUAAUGCUUUAUUUAGCUUGUGACAAAGUGUGUAAUAAUGCUGUAAUAAUAAAAAAAAACAAAUGCUACCAAAGUGAGAAAAACAAAAACAGAAGAGUUGGACAUGACAGAAAACAGAGGAAGACAUUUGAACAGCCUUCUUUUCCUGACCUACUGGUGUUCAAAGUCCUGGCAAACAGGUUGCCAUAUUCACUGACUGGUUAUUUUUACAUUGCAACAUAGAACAUUCAAUACAAGGAAAACAAGCUAAUAUACCAUAAUAGUAAAAAAAAAAAAAAAUUAUAGUGGUUCAGAAAAAGCACAAAGGGAUUAACCUCUACCUGAGUAUGGCAGCAUGGCUAUUGUCAAGUUAAGGCACUCGUAGAGCUAAACUAGAACAUACACUGUGUCUUAAGCCAAUUACAAAUCUUUACCGAUGCCUCCACAAGUUGCUAUUCCUCCCAAAAUACACGCAAGUAAAUGGGUUUUAAAUCAUAAUGGAAGAUAUAAAACACUUGUGCCUAAGGCACUGGAUCCACAUCUUGGGAAAUAGUUAAUGAUACUAAAUGGCAAUAUGCUAGGGAGAUGCAGUGACUUGCAUAAAUGCUGACACCUUCUACUUUCUAUGUAUAUAACAUUGAAAAAACUGAA